UGAAAGUCACUAGAAAAGACGCGUUUGCAAGAGGUGGCUCCCAGUAAAGUAAAAUCUUACUGAAAUCUUUUAAAAACUGUACGAYUUAUUAUGGACAACCAGCUAAAACUAUUCAUCUUGGCAUGUACAAUUACAGGAUCUCUAUCGAUCUUGUGUGAAUAUUGUGGUUCCAAUAUGUUUGAUGAGAUACCAAAUCUCCCUAACUGUUCUGCUCCUGGGAUAUUAAACUGUAGUAGUCAUGACAACCAGAACUGCAAUCCGUUCAGCCCAGAUUAUGYCAACUGCACACGUGACACUGUAUUAGGCUGUUAUAAAACGUCUUUCGUGUACACUGAUGAUAAUGGUACACAGCAAACCGGUCACUUUAGACACUGUGCCUUUCCAUCGAUUGCAAAUGUUUCAGUGUGCAACCAAGAGACUUGUAGCGUGGCUCAAGCUAAUGCCGCCCAAAACAACGACAGCCUGAUAAGCUGUGCUGCUGAGUGCUGUUUUAAUGACAGCUGCAACCACGGUGCUUCUCCAUCACUCGCCAUUGCAUCCUCCACCGGUAGACCCUCUACCAUCAUCAGCACCACAGUUGGAGCGGGACAAACCUCAGUUGCGACUACGGUGGACGUAACCACAGAACCUUCGACCACCAUGACUGGUCAUUGCGCCCCCUCGCCGGUAGUCCACGUWUCUUGUCCCUACUUUGUGGGACUUCUGUGGCUAGGAGUUGUUUCGCUUCUCUAAAAAUGGAGCUCAUUUCAGCAGUACACUUUUGUCUUGGGGAAGGGAGGGAGGGUAAAGAGCCCUACUACAGUUUUGCCACGUGGCUUAUACACUUCUAGCUUUCAUGACAACCUUGUUAAAGAUAAACCUGGCAUUUGUAGUUCUUUGAGACUAAUUUCGGUUAAUUGCUAUAUUUUUUGGGAGCCUUUCUUCGAGUGCUGACGCCAACUGGUUAAAGAAAAGGCUAAUUUGCGUGGACUAAAUAAGCUUGCCUAGAAAAUUUUUGUCUUUUACAAAGUAUGCAAAGUUAAAAAUUUUUUAUAAAGCGCAAAUUUAGAUUUGUUUUGAAAAAGGUUACCAGAUGUUUGGCUAAGAUCUGAGUGCCUAUAUCGGACUCGAACCAACUGAAUGGUUUGGCCAUUUUGUAGGAUAGAAUAGUCUAACAGAAGUUCUCUCUUUUGGGAAUUGAUGACAACUAUCGUGGAAAAGCUUGUAUUUUUUCUGCUAUACGUUAUGGCAUUUUUCAGACAAAACCACGCCUGCUUAUGGUACAUAUAUUCUCGUGUUUUUUCCCUAUUUUUCUUACGAAAUUUUCAAGUAUAUUUUGCUUAUUCGUGUAUGUACCUACAGCCUGCAUACAAACUAACCAUCGUUGUUAUUGUACUCUUAAAAGGCUGUCUAAAAAAUCAGUUAUUAGCUUUUACCGAAAUAUUUUGUAUUUAGCAUAAGGUGCUAAUAAAGUCAUUGUUGCUGUUUA